AUGGGCGGGCAAGUGAGGAAAGAAAAUGGGGGUCGGCACAUGUGGACAGGAACUUCGCGCAGCACUGCGAGUGUAGCUGGUGAUGGUUCUUCUUCGUCUCAAUACAAGACCUCCGGUAUAUCUACUGGUAUACCGCCAGUUCAUACUGUAGCGAAAAUUAAUUUUUUUAGCUUCGAUCUCAUUCAUCAUGAUUCAAAACUAUCUCCUUUUUAUGAUAAAUCUAAAACUGAGUCAGAGCGUUCGAAAGAAGCUCUUAUCCGUUCCCUCAAUCGUCUCAAUCAUUUCAAUUCAUCUAUGCUAAUUGAUGCAAAAAUUGUAGAGUCUGAUUUAAUUGUCAGUGAUUAUUUCAUGAACAUCUAUAUAAGUACGCCACAUAAACGACUUGUUAUCCCAACCAUGUUAAGUGGCCUUACCUGGAUACGAUGUGGCCCUUGUUCUUCCAACUGUGGGAAUCAACAUCAAUCACUUUAUAAUCCAAAAUUGUCAGAUACCUAUCACGAUAUUUUGUUCACCUCAAGAGAGUGCAGAAUUCUACAACAUAUUGAGCGCGGGGAAUUAGGUGAGUGUCGAUAUCAAGGAUACCAUUCUGGCAACAAUAUAGUCUCCUCUGGAGUGCUGGGCACUGAGACCUUCUACUUGAAAAGAGAUUUGCAGGUCGGUUCUCCAUCUACACGUGAUGAAAGCUUCUCUCAUAUAAUGUUUGGAUGCGAUGAAGUACAUCAAGGCAAUUUUAAAGAUGGGGUUGAAGGUGUUGUUGGCCUUGGACAAGGGCCAUUUUCAUUGGUUUCUCAAGUGGGAAAAAAAAUUGGCGAAAAUGCCAAUAAAUUCUCGUACUGCUUGGUUGAGAAGCCAUUCGAGAAACACAGUAAGAUUAAAUUCGGACCGGAUUUAACUCUCGACAAAGAAAACAAAGAAUAUAAAGUUAAAUUUCAGGCUUCUCAGGCUCAUGUCCGCUACCACCUCAACCUUGAAUCCAUUAGUGUUAACGAUGAGAAAAUAGAGAUGGCAAAUAAAGAACAUGAUAUGAUAGUCGAUAUUCAGACAUCCUUGACGUCGUUGCCUUCAAAUAUAUACAAUGAAUUCAUCGCCAAGGUUAAAAAACAUUUUGACGACGUACACUAUAUCGAGCAUCCGGAACACGGCACUUGCUUCCUCAAAAGGCAAGUCAACAAACUCAAGAGACCUAAAGUUGUGCUUCAUUUUUCUGACUCAUCCGGAUCCCAUGUAGACUUUCCUGUGAAUCCUUCAACAAUGUUUCAGGAAAGUAUUGUUGGCCGCAUGUGUUCGACGAUAAUCCAAAAUGAUGAAAUCUCGAUUCUGGGAAACAAGGCACAAGUAGACGUUCAUAUGAUAUUUGACCUGUCAGCCCAGUUACUCACUUUUGCUCCAGUUGAUUGCCUCCAAGAUAAAAUUUAG